CUCCAAUGGAUCUUAGCAGCAGAACGGUCGUGCAGGUGGUGGUGCUGGUAUUGGUAGCUCAGGUCACUCUCUCUCAGCAUUGGUCGUAUGGGUGGCUACCUGGAGGGAAGAGAAGUGUUGGGGAGCUGGAGGCCACCAUCAGGGCAAGUACUAUUUACCUCUACCUGUAACUACUGUAAGUAACUAUGUCUACAUGUACAUACUGUACAUGUAAUUGUCCUUUAAGUAAAUCUACUGUGUCUUGAAAACCUGUGAACAUUUAAAUGUAACAUUUACUAAUUAAGCUCUGUAAGGGUGUUGCAUAAGGGGUAUAUGGGUAAUAGCAUUACAAAUUCCUCUUACAUAUUGCCAUCAAGAUGAUGGACACAGGAGGUGAAGUGGCUCUUCCCGAGGAGACAAGCGCCCAUGUCUCAGAAAGACUGAGACCAUAUGAUGUAGUAAGUAUUCAUAUUAAUUUAUUAGGUUAGAUAUUGUAUUAAUUGUAUUCCUAAUGGUCAAUUAUUUAUGUUUCGUCUGAAGAUACUGAAUUGAUGUCUCCUUGUAAAAUAUGUUGUAAACGAUAUACCAAAGUAUCUGAAAUACAUUUUAAGAUGAGAGUAUUGUCUGACAAAUGGAAAGCUUCCCUGAAUUUAGAGAAGUGAUACUUAUAAAUGUAUGGAGACAAUGUUGCUCAUGUCUGACACAUCAGUACAAUAUAGAUACAGGCCUAUGCAACAUAAAGUAGACUUCUGAAGUUAACACUUUGAUUUCCCUAGAUAUCGAAGAAAUGGAUGCCCCAUAAA